AUGUCCCGAAGAGCAGCCAAAGACGAUUCUGACCAGGAAAUGGAUGAACACAGCUCCGAUAAUGAUGAUACCGAGACCAGCUCCGCAUCCGACGAUGAUUCGUCUUCAGAUAUGGACGAGGCUGAUUGUGAGCGACGGAGGUCGGAAUGCAUGGAUGACAUGAUCCAUUUAGAGCGACAAUUCUUGCUUCUGAAAGAACAAUUGUAUAAAGAGCGGAUCAAGCAGAUCGAAACAAAGCUCAGCGAGAUCCGAAGCGGGAAAGCCACCGAGUAUCUUGUGCCGUUGAACGAAAUCCGGGAAGCCGCCCGCAUCCGGACGGAAGUGUCCGAGAUCGCAAUGAAGCUGAAACUGCAAAACAUAAAAACUCGCUUCGAAGCCGAGACGCUGGGAGCGAAACAGACCUAUGAGAACGAUGUGAACAAUCUCAAGGACGAGAUGAUCAAUGAGAUCAAGGAUAAGAUCCGUCACAUCGAGGAAGAACGGACGCAACCGGCUCAGUACAUUAUGGCCGACUUCUGCAAUAUGCAUAAAGGCAACAAGAACCGCUCGCGGAAAACUGAUCCCACGGACCCGGAUCGCCGCAAGAAGCCUGUGACCGUCACAGGGCCUUACAUUGUGUACAUGCUUCACGAGAACGAAAUCAUGGAAGAUUGGGCUACUAUCCGCAAGGCUUUGCGCGGAACUCGAUGGGCCGAUCAUGGGGAAUCUAACGGGGAUCGUACCAUGCUUUUCACCUGAGUGCACGCAAUGUAGCGAUAGCACUGUUUAUUCAACAUGUUUAGAGUGGAGUUUCAGAUCAUAUUUAUGGGAUUUCGAUCGCCUGAUAGAAAGCGUGGAAGAACCGAAGGAAGCCGAGCCAGCAUCAUCAUCAUUGUAUAUACUCACUGCUCAUGAGAUGUGUUCAGCUCGGAAAUUGACGUGACGACGAAGCGACA